AUGACUAAACCAAUGAUAGAUUUUAAUGAUUGCUUCUUAUUGAAACCAUGCUUAUUUAAAAUCAUAAUUGGGCAGACCGGUUCAUUGGAAGGUCAACACAUGAGGAAGACAGGAGAGUUGGUCGAACUCGGUGAGCAGAACCUUGUCGACUGCUCUUUCAAUUAUGAUAACAACGGUUGCAAUGGUGGUCUCAUGGACAACGCUUUCAAAUACAUCAAAGCUAACAAAGGCAUUGACACUGAAACAGCUUACCCAUACAAGGCUGAAAGUGGAGACUGCAGGUUCAAGGAGAACCAAAUCGGAGCCACCGUGACAGGAUUUGUUGACAUUUCUAAAGGCAGUGAAGAAAAAUUGGAAGAAGUUCUGGCCACAGUUGGACCGGUGUCUGUUGCCAUCGAUUCUAGCCACAAAUCGUUCAUGUUCUACAAAUCAGAUGCAUGUUGUAAACUGCAAUUAACAAAAGUUCACAUACACUCAUUAAAAUAUAAUAAUAACGUAUCAAAAUUCGACAGCUGGGCUACAUCAUGGGGUGACAAAAGCUACGUGUACAUGAGCAGGAACAAGGAGAACCAAUGUGGAAUUGCCAACAUAGCCAGUUACCCUCUCGUCUAA